AAUUAAGAUAAAAACCCGAGAAGAAGAUGAAACGGAAGAGCGGAACCUUCAUUGUGGUCUUUUUCCGCUUCGGAAUGAUUUCCAUGUGACUCCAUGAUGGCUGCUGUGAUGAAAACACACGUGCAGAUAACUGCAGACAACUCACAACCUCAGGUCCACGACCUCAGGGAGUCUGACGGAGGAGACGAAGAGGAGGAGGACGAAGAUGGAGAGGAGGAGGAGGAGACAGACGAAGAUGGAGGGAGUGAUGAAGAGGAGGCGGAGGAUGAAGAUGAAGAUGGAGGGAGUGAUGAAGAGGAGGCGGAGGAUGAAGAUGAAGGACAGGAGGACAGAGGUGAUGAUGAGGAUGGAGGUGAAGAGGCAGAUAGCGAGGGUGUAGGUGAUGAUGAAGGUGAUGGUAACCCUAACGCUGGCUGGGCGGAGGCGAUGGCGAAGAUCUUAGGAAAGAAGACUCCUGAGGCUCAGAGCAGCAUCCUGAUGAAGAACAAAGAGCUGGAGAAGGUGAAGGAGAGAGAGAGGCAGGCGCAGCUGGAGAGGAAGAAACAGGUGGAUAAGAAGCGAGCGUGGGAGAUGAUGAGCAGAGAGAAACCUGAUGUGGUGAAGGACAGAGAAACAGAGAAAGCUCUGCAGAGAGUGGCAACCAGGGGGGUGGUGCAGCUGUUUAAUGCAGUGAGGAAACACCAGAGGACGGUGGAGGAGAAGGUGAAGGAGGUGGGAGGAUCAGAGAGGAAGAAAGCCAAGCUGCUGUCGUCUGUCUCUAAGAAAGAUUUCAUCGACGUGCUGAGGAGUAGCGAGGGGGGAGCAAGAAGACAACACUUGACUGACGAGGCUCCUCCCCCUGCAGAGGAUGAAAAGCCGUCAUGGAGUGUGCUCAGAGACGACUUCAUGAUGGGAGCCUCCAUGAAGGACUGGGACAAACACAGUGAUGAAGAGGAGAAGGAGGAGGAAGGGGGGGCUGGGGAGAGUGACUCGGACACAGCGUGAAAGGCUGUGGUGCCUUCAGGGACAGUGUGGAGAACAUGAACUCUGCAGAAGAUGGAGGCAGACACCUGCUAAGGUGUGAGUCAGGUAAUGAAGAUCAGCUGAUUGCUCGGAGAGGAAGAAGAACGUUUUUUUCGUUUCUAUUAAAAUAAAUCCUCAUGGACCUCAGCAGGUCUCAGUCUGACCUUCAAUUCGACUUUCAGUCUGACCUUCAAUCCGAUCUUCAGUCCAACCUUCAGUCUGACUUCAGUCUGUAGGCUAGGAGAUGUGAUGGAGUCUGUAAAUAUAAAUGUUUGUAAUAAACACCUGAUUCAUGUU